CGUGGAGUCGCGAUGCCGCGGGUGCGUCUUGGAACGCGGUGACGUUACCGGCAGAGGAGGAAGAUGGCGCAUUACCGGGCUGGCGAUUCUCGAAGAGAACAAUUCCGAAGAUAUUUAGAAAAAAGCGGAGUGUUGGAUGCACUUACUAAAGUGCUGGUUGCUCUCUACGAGGAGCCGGAGAAGCCUAAUAAUGCAAUGGAUUUUUUGAAACAGCAUUUAGGAUCAGCAGGCCCCGAGACUGCAGACGUGGAAACACUGCGACUUGAAGUGACAGAACUGAGACAGAAAUAUGAGGCCCUACUGGAGGAGAAUAAGGAAUUAAAAGCCAAGCUUGCACAGUUCGAGUCCCCCAAAGAGGAAGGGCAACCUGAAUAAGUCAAAUCUGUCUGUAUCAUUAGAAAAUGGAUGAAAGGAGUCUGAGAGAGCACCUGAAAAAUUGUAUUAAAUUUGGAGCAUUGAUGUA